AUCCAACAAUCUCAAGCUGACGGGUCUCUCUUUCUAUCUCUCUCUCUUUCCCUGAAACCCUGCAAUCAUGUACUUUGCUCGGGCGAAGACUUUUGUUCUUGUUUCAUGAGUAUAAAAAUCGGUUAUCUUUUUCACGGGCAUGCUUGCUUUCCUUUCCUGUGCUUAUCAUUUUGCUCUUUCUAUUGGUUGGUGGGUUUUUGUUUUUUUUUUUUCUCUUUCUUAAUCUUUCUUGUCAAGUCUGAGUUUUUUUUUUUUUUUUUACUGAGUUGAGUUCCUCCGUGCUUUUAAUCCUCUCUUUCUCUUCUUCUGGGUAUGGGACAUUAGAAUAUAGUCAUAGAGAUGAGCUGAAACACGCUUCUUAGAGCUUACUAUUGAAUUAAAGGUGAUUUUGCUGCUUUAAGAACUUGGUGUCCAUUAGCACUCUGUAGUGAUUCGCUAGUAAUCAGAAGAAAAGGAGGUGGUUCUGUUGGAAUUCGUUCCCUGUAAGCAGAGGAGGAGUUUGCUUCUUAAUUAUCAUCGAUCUAGGACACUCCCCUUAAUGGGAACUGAUACUGGUGAAGAGUUGGAGGCAUUACCAAAUCCUCGCUCCUUUAAGGUACAUAGUAGAAUGUGCGUAGAACUCAUGAAAUUAGUGGAUAGAAUCUUAAGGAUAUUUCCAAACAUUGAGGCGGCACGGCCGCGAAGCACAUCGGGAAUAGAGUCCCUGUGUUUGCUGAACAACGCAAUUGAUAAAGCCAAACUACUUCUGCAAUAUUGCUCCGAUUGCAGCAAACUGUACCUGGCCGUGACAGGGGAUACAAUACUCUCAAGAUGCCAAAAGGCAAAAAGAUCAUUAGAACAAAGCUUAAACCAGAUUCAGGAUAUGGUUCCAGUUAUGUUGGCUGUAGAGGUUUCUAGAAUAAUUGAUGAUCUUGAAUGUGCAACAUUUGUUCUUGACUCUGCUGAAGAAGAGGCUGGGAGGGUUGUGAGAGAGUUGCUUCAGCAAAGCACUUCAACCUCAGAUUCAGUGGAGAAUUCUGAAGUUAAAGCUCUUCAAUUUGCAGCACCAAGACUUAAUAUCACAUCCCCGAAGGCCAUCUUAAUAGAGAAACGAUCUAUUAAGAAGUUGCUAGAUAAAAUUGGACAAAAUGACCAGAAAAAGAAGAUGAUCUUGAGAUAUCUUCUCUAUCUACUGAAAAAGCAUGGAAACCUCAUCGUGGGAGAACAAAUGGAGGUCUAUUCUCGUAGUGAAGAACCUAUUGCAACAGAGUACUCUAGUAACGAUUCUCUACGAAGUCAUCAUGUUCAGUCAGAACCAUGCUUGAACUAUGGUCAGUAUAGAGCUGAUAUCAGUGAGUUGGGUAGAGUUACACCCCCUGAUGAAUAUAAGUGCCCAAUAUCGUCAAGGUUGAUGUAUGAUCCUGUUAUCAUUGCUUCUGGAGUAACAUAUGAAAGGAUGUGGAUACAAAAGUGGUUUGAAGAAGGUAAGGAUAUAUGUCCAAAAACCAAAAAGAAGCUAACCCAUAUGACAUUGACUUCAAACAUUGUCAUGAAGGACUUAAUAUCAAAGUGGUGCAGAAAUAAUGAAGUGUCCAUUCCUGACCCGAGUAGGCAAGCAGAAGAUGUUCACUCAUGGGAAGCUUCCAACACUUCCAUUAAGAGUUUAGGAAGUUAUAUCAAUGAUUUUCACUUACCAAUGGAUCUUAGUAACAUUUCACUUGGAUCGUUGGAUACUAGUUAUAGUUCAGAUGCCUCCCAUGGGAAGACUACUCGUGGCUUAAAUUUGAUGUUGAACAAGACUAGUGACAACUCCCACAAACAUCCAACUCAUGCAGAGAUACAUGAUGCAGAUUUGAUGCUCUUGUCUAAACUCCAUGAUCUUCAAUGGGAUUCUCAAUGCAAAGUCAUUGAAGAUAUGAAAGAUCAUGUGAAAAGCAAUUACCAAUCUUUUGUUUCUGCGUCACCUGAGAAUUUCAUUGAACCACUCGUCAGAUUUCUGAGCAAUGCUAAUGAUCUGCAUGACUUAAAAGCGCUGAGAGCAGGAACUCAGCUCCUGUUGGAAUUUGUGAACAACUGCAGAAAUGGUGUGACUAAUUUAGGUGAAGAUACAUUCAUUAUGUUGGCAAGUUUUCUUGAUUCAGAAGUGAUAGGAGAAGCUCUUGCCAUAAUGGAAGAACUGUCUGGGGAUGGGUUUAGUAAAGCUAAAAUUGCAGCAUCCAGUGCACUCACUUCUGUUUUUAAUGUACUUGAUUCUGAUAAUAAAGAGUUCCAACAACAAGCUAUUAGAAUCAUGUACAAUCUGUCCUUCCACGGUGAAGUUUGUCCCCACAUGCUAUCUCUCAAGUGCAUCCCGAAAUUGCUGGCAUUUUUUAAAGAUAGGGCCCUUUUGAGAUACUGUAUAUAUAUCUUGAAAAAUCUUUGUGGUACUGAAGAGGGUAGGAAUUCUGUUGCUGAAACUAAAGGAUGCAUAUCUUCUGUUGUUGAAAUACUUGAGAAAGGCAGUAAUGAGGAACAAGAACAUGCACUGGCUGUUCUAGUCUCUUUAUGCUCUCAACGUGAGGAUUAUUGUCGGUUGGUUAUGAAUGAAGAUAUUUUCACUCCUCUUUUCUAUAUCUCCCAGAAUGGAAAUGAUAAAGGAAAGGUAAAUGCGUUGGAACUGAUCCGUCUCUUGAGAGAUAUUGACUGUGUUGAGAAUAAAGAUUGCUCUGAACCAAAUAUCAACAACACUUCUCGGGAUUCUAACAGCCACCCUGAGGAAAAUAAAUCAUCAAAGAGAUCCACAUUUCUGAAGAAACUAUCACCUUUUUCAAAAUCCAGUUCACAUGCAUCAAAAUCCAAGAGAUGAAAAUGAAUUCCUCGGCAUUCAACCAAUAGCAUCCUUUGUGAUACUUAUUGUGGGGACUACAGAUUAUGUGCUAGAUAAGAGCCGUUUUGGAUUGCUAGAUAGCAGGUGUGUUUUAUGGCUGGAGCCUUAAUCUUUGUGGAUGUGUCAUAUGUGGGUUUUUCCAUUUCCUUUCUUGAACUUAAUUCUAAAUCUCAUCUUGUAGCAUUUUUAGCUCUAUUUAUUCAUUCACAAUGCGUCUGCUGCUUAAUUUUGCACUGUAACAGCAGGUUGUAUGGUCAUGUAUAGUUCUGCUUAUGAUUGCCAUGUAUAGUUCUUUUGAAAUUACAAUUUAGGACUUGAUAAUUGUUAAGAUAGUCGAUGGUUUUGCCUUUUCCCUCCUAUCAGCAUACUAGAUAGUAGAGA